CCAUGGCAUGAUACGAUGACACAUCAUAUGACAUCACAUGCAUGUCAUGUCACAUGAAACUUCACUGACCAAGGACCAAGGGGUCCACGAACAUUCACCGUCACCCCCCACGGACAAACAUUGUGUGCUGCGCUGUUGCUGCCCUUACUCACCACCACCCCCCCCUGUAUAUGUGUAGCCAGGGAUGAUGCUCUUGGUGUUGGUGGUGCUAGCGGUGCUUGACUGCUGCCGUGGCUUCGUAGCAAUCCCCCCGGCACUGCCAUUACGUGUCACUCGGCCGGCCUGGUUGCCGUCAGCAGGCGUCACCUCUGGUUUGUCCAUGUCCACGCCUACGAUAUAUGGAGUUCCCAACAGCGGGUGGAAAUCCCCACAGUGGAACUGGGGAUCAGCCUCGGGGACCGGGCAUGAUUGCGCAGCGAUCUGCCGAAGGACGUAUGGAACGAAAGAAGCUCGGCAAGAGCUGGUCUCCAGCCUACUGUCGGGCGGAACUGCUGUUGAUUUUGAGGAAGUCAAGCUGACAAUGGCGCUAGCUUGGCAAAAUGGGCGGUGGGACGGGAGCGACGGCGGCGACGGUGGGUACGGAGACGUGCUGACGAUGAUGGCGCAGGCAAAGCGGUACGAGGAAGGCUCGGAAGAGGAGCGUGCACGCAAGCUCGUCGAAGACAUGCGGCCGAGGUUUGCUCUUUUGAGCCCAACCAAGGAGCAGAUGGCUGCGAUGGAUGGGCUGAUCGCAGAUUCGAAUGAUGUACUCGCAGCACGCAAUCGAUGCUGUGGACUAGUUCUACAAGCAAUGGGAUUUGUUGAGAACGGUUGA